CAGCUAGUUAAACGUGAGCAUUAAAUUUUUUAAAAAACUCCCCCUACUUUCCCAAGACAGCACUUCCAUGAAUUUAGUCUUCUGUAAAUCACUGGGCAUUUCUGUGAGCCCUUUCUAUCUCCACUUUCUUCUGUCCUCGCAGUUUCCUUAUCCCGGACCGCGCCCCACUUCCCACCCAAUCACCCCACAAACAAGAUUUCAAGACCCAACAGAAAAUGAUCUUUUUAGUGACAGUUGCUUGUUAUCUGGCGGAUCCACUGGGGACCGGGGUGCAGUCUUUGAGAUUUUUGAUCCUGGAGGCCACCGAGCUGAGCGUUCCGGGCAGGACCUGGGCGAGGGGCGCUUAGCCCUUCGUUUCGAUCUUCUCACCAACAUCCGAGAGCCUAAUCAGCGCACCCACGGAGGCGCCUUAAGGGCAGUUGGGAGGAUGAGAGAGCCGGGGGAGACAGCAAGAGGUACAGCCCCUCCGCAGCACCUCUCCAAUUCCGCGGCCCUUCCGGGUGGCGCAUACAGCUCCAGGAUUGGGAAACGGACUCCGGUGGCCCGGCCCGCGGGCGCCUGGCCUCGAAACCAGAGGCAGGAGUGUGGGGCGCGGGGUUGGGAGGUGCCGGGCAGAGGAGGAAGUCUUGUCCGGGUCCGCUGGGCGAGGGGUCCCGGGUCAGGGCCAAUCUGAGCCCCGGUGCCCCGCAGGUCUCCCCGCACCCCGGCCGUGCCCACACGCCCGCCCCCUAGCCGCUGCGGUUGCUAUGCGUUGCCGUGAAACGCCUGUCAAUAAACCCUGUUUGGACAGUGGA